AUGUUCUCUGUGACGCCUUUUUAUGCAGAAUCGGUGAAGGGGGGGGGGGGGGGAAAAACGGGGGGGGGGGGGGGGGGGGGGGGGGGGGGUGGGGGGGGGGGGGGGGGGGGGGGGGGGGGGGGGGGGGGGGGGGGGGGGGGGGGGGGGGGGGGGGGGGGGGGGGGGGGGGGGGGGGGUUGGGGGGGGGGGGGGGGGGGGGGGGGGGGGGGGGGGGGGGGGGGGGGGGGGGGGGGGGGGGGGGGGGGGGGGGGGGGGGGGGGGGGGGGGGGGGGGGGGGGGGGGGGGGGGGGGGGGGGGGGGUGGGGGGGGGGGGGGGGGGGGGGGGGGGGGGGGGGGGGGGGGGGGGGGGGUGGGGGGGGGGGGGGUGGGGGGGGGGGGGGGGGGGGGGGGGGGGGGGGGGGGGGGGGGGGGGGGGGGGGGGGGGGGGGGGGGGGGGGGGGGGGGGGGGGGGGGGGGGGGGGGGGGGGGGGGGGGGGGGGGGGGGGGGGGGGGGGGGGGGGGGGGGGGGGGGUGGGGGGGGGGGGGGGGGGGGGGGGGGGGGGGGGGGGGUGGGGGGGGGGGGGGGGGGGGGGUGGGGGGGGGGGGGGGGGGGGGGGGGGGGGGGGGGGGGGGGGGGGGGGGGGGGGGGGGGGGGGGGGGGGGGGGGGGGGGGGGGGGGGGGGGGGGGGGGGGGGGGGGGGGGGGUGGGGGGGGGGGGGGGGGGGGGGGGGGGGGGGGGGGGGGGGGGGGGGGGGGGGGGGGGGGGGGGGGGGGGGGGGGGGGGGGGGGGGGGGGGGGGGGGGGGGGGGGGGGGGGGGGGGGGGGGGGGGGGGGGGGGGGGGGGGGGGGGGGGGGGGGGGGGGGGGGGGGGGGGGGGGGGGGGGGGGGGGGGGGGGGGUGUGCGGGGGCGUGGGGAGGGGCGGGGGGGGGGGGGGGGGGGGUGGGGGGAGUUCUUGGAGGGGGGGGGGGGUGGUGAGUGGGGGGGGGGGUGUGAGGGGGGGAGGGGUGGGUGGGGAUGGGGGGAGGGUGGGAGGGGGGGGGGGUGGGGGGUGGGUGGUGGGGGGUGAGGGGGGGUGGGAGGAGGGCGAAGGGGGGUGGGGGGUGGGGGGGGGGGGGGGGGGGGGUGGGCGUGGGGGCGUGGAGGGGCGGGGGUGGGGGAGGGGGGGGCGGGCAGGGGGGGGGGGUGGGGAGGGGGGGGGGGGUGCGGGUGGGGGGGGGGUGGUGGGGGGGGGGAGGGGGAGGGGGGGGGAGAGUGGGAGGGGGGGGGUGGGGGGGGGGGUUGGGGGGUGUGGUGGGGGAGGGGGGGGUAGGGGGGGGCGGGUGGGGGGGGUGGGGGGGAGGAGGGUGGGUGUGGGGGGGGGGAGGGAGGUGGGGGCGGGGGGGGGUGGGGGGGGGGGGGGGGGGGGGGGGGGGGGGGGGGGGGGGGGGGGGGGGGGGGGGGGGGGGGGGGGGGGGGGGGGGGGGGGGGGGGGGGGGGGGGGGGGGGGGGGGGGGGGGGGGGGGGGGGGGGGGGGGGGGGGGGGGGGGGGGGGGGGGGGGGGGGGGGGGGGGGGGGGUGGGGGGGGGGGGGGGGGGGGGGGGGGGGGGGGGGGGGGGGGGGGGGGGGGGGGGGUGGGGGGGGGGGGGGGGGGGGGGGGGGGGGGGGGGGGGGGGGGGGGGGGGGGGUGGGGGGGGGGGGGGGGGGGGGGGGGGGGGGGGGGGGGGGGGGGGGGGGGGGGGGGGGGGGGGGGGGGGGGGGGGGGGGGGGGGGGGGGGGGGGGGGGGGGGGGGGGGGGGGGGGGGGGGGGGGGGGGGGGGGGGGGGGGGGGGGGGGGGGGGGGGGGGGGGGGGGGGGGGGGGGGGGGGGGGGGGGGGGGGGGGGGGGGGGGGGGGGGGGGGGGGGGGGGGGGGGGGGGGGGGGGGGGGGGGGGGGGGGGGGGGGGGGGGGGGGGGGGGGGGGGGGGGGGGGGGGGGGGGGGGGGGGGGGGGGGGGGGGGGGGGGGGGGGGGGGGGGGGGGGGGGGGGGGGGGGGGGGGGGGGUGGGGGGGGGGGGGGGGGGGGGGGGGGGGGGGGGGGGGGGGGGGGGGGGGGGGGGGGGGGGGGGGGGGGGGGGGGGGGGGGGGGGGGGGGGGGGGGGGGGGGGGGGGGGGGGGGGUGGGGGGGGGGGGGGGGGGGGGGGGGGGGGGGGGGGGGGGGGGGGGGGGGGGGGGGGGGGGGGGGGGGGGGGGGGGGGGGGGGGGGGGGGGGGGGGGGGGGGGGGGGGGGGGGGGGGGGGGGGGGGGGGGGGGGGGGGGGGGGGGGGGGGGGGGGGGGGGGGGGGGGGGGGGGGGGGGGGGGGGGGGGGGGGGGGGGGGGGGGGGGGGGGGGGGGGGGGGGGGGGGGGGGGGGGGGGGGGGGGGGGGUGGGGGGGGGGGGGGGGGGGGGGGGGGGGGGGGGGGGGGGGGGGGGGGGGGGUGGGGGGGGGGGGGGGGGGGGGGGGGGGGGGGGGGGGGGGGGGGGGGGGGGGGGGGGGGGGGGGGGGGGGGGGGGGGGGGGGGGGGGGGGGGGGGGGGGGGGGGGGGGGGGGGGGGGGGGGGGGGGGGGGGGGGGGGGGGGGGGGGGGGGGGGGGGGGGGUGGGGGGGGGGGGGGGGGGGGGGGGGGGGGGGGGGGGGGGGGGGGGGGGGGGGGGGGGGGGGGGGGGGGGGGGGGGGGGGGGGGGGGGGGGGGGGGGGGGGGGGGGGGGGGGGGGGGGGGGGGGGGGGGGGGGGGGGGGGGGGGGGGGGGGGGGGGGGGGGGGGGGGGGGGGGGGGGGGGGGGGGGGGGGGGGGGGGGGGGGGGGGGGGGGGGGGGGGGGGGGGGGGGGGGGGGGGGGGUGGGGGGGGGGGGGGGGGGGGGGGGGGGGGGGGGGGGGGGGGGGGGGGGGGGGGGGGGGGGGGGGGGGGGGGGGGGGGGGGGGGGGGGGGGGGGGGGGGGGGGGGGGGGGGGGGGGGGGGGGGGGGGGGGGGGGGGGGGGGGGGGGGGGGGGGGGGGGGGGGGGGGGGGGGGGGGGGGGGGGGGGGGGGGGGGGGGGGGGGGGGGGGGGGGGGGGGGGGGGGGGGGGGGGGGGGGGGGGGGGGGGGGGGGGGGGGGGGGGGGGGGGGGGGGGGGGGGGGGGGGGGGGGGGGGGGGGGGGGGGGGGGGGGGGGGGGGGGGGGGGGGGGGGGGGGGGGGGGGGGGGGGGGGGGGGGGGGGGGGGGGGGGGGUGGGGGGGGGGGGGGGGGGGGGGGGGGGGGGGGGGGGGGGGGGGGGGGGGGGGGGGGGGGGGGGGGGGGGGGGGGGGGGGGGGGGGGGGGGUGGGGGGGGGGGGGGGGGGGGGGGGGGGGGGGGGGGGGGGGGGGGGGGGGGGGGGGGGGGGGGGGGGGGGGGGGGGGGGGGGGGGGGGGGGGGGGGGGGGGGGGGGGGGGGGGGGGGGGGGGGGGGGGGGGGGGGGGGGGGUGGGGGGGGGGGGGGGGGGGGGGGGGGGGGGGGGGGGGGGGGGGGGGGGGGGGGGGGGGGUGGGGGGGGGGGGGGGGGGGGGGGGGGGGGGGGGGGGGGGGGGGGGGGGGGGGGGGGGGGGGGGGGGGGGGGGGGGGGGGGGGGGGGGGGGGGGGGGGGGGGGGGGGGGGGGGGGGGGGGGGGGGGGGGGGGGGGGGGGUGGGGGGGGGGGGGGGGGGGGGGGGGGGGGGGGGGGGGGGGGGGGGGGGGGGGGGGGGGGGGGGGGGGGGGGGGGGGGGGGGGGGGGGGGGGGGGGGGGGUGGGGGGGGGGGGGGGGGGGGGGGGGGGGGGGGGGGGGUGGGGGGGGGGGGGGGGGGGGGGGGGGGGGGGGGGGGGGGGGGGGGGGGGGGGGGGGGGGGGGGGGGGGGGGGGGGGGGGGGGGGGGGGGGGGGGGGGGGGGGGGGGGGGGGGGGGGGGGGGGGGGGGGGGGGGGGGGGGGGGGGGGGGGGGGGUGGGGGGGGGGGGGGGGGGGGGGGGGGGGGGGGGGGGGGGGGGGGGGGGGGGGGGGGGGGGGGGGGGGGGGGGGGGGGGGGGGGGGGGGGGGGGGGGGGGGGGGGGGGGGGGGGGGGGGGGGGGGGGGGGGGGGGGGGGGGGGGGGGGGGGGGGGGGGGGGGGGGGGGGGGGGGGGGGGGGGGGGGGGGGGGGGGGGGGGGGGGGGGGGGGGGGAGGGGGGGGGGGGGGGGGGGGGGGGGGGGGGGGGGGGGGGGGGGGGGGGGGGGGGGGGGUGGGGGGGGGGGGUGGGGGGGGGGGGGGGGGGGGUGGGGGGGGGGGGGGGGGGGGGGGGGGGGGGGGGGGGGGGGGGGGGGGGGGGGGGGGGGGGGGGUGGGGGGGGGGGGGGGGGGGGGGGGGGGGGGGAUGGGGGUGUGGGGGUGGAGUUAUCCACCUUCUAUUAA